CUUCAGAUGCGGAUUAGACGCGAUGUCAAGUGCAGGACUUUAAAUAUUCGCAGCCAGUUAGUCUACCCGGCGCUGUCAUUCAGGAGGAAAUUACAACAUGCAAACCAAACAAAGCGUAGUCGACGUCUGAAUUACGUCUGAGUGUGACCAUGACCAGCCGGCGGAGAGACAGUCCGCCGGUUCGCUCAGUGGACUGCGCAAGCCCGGCACCAUUGAGGAAGAGUCGGCAGCGGGAUCUGUCCAGCAGCACCGAAAACGCAAGCGAAUCAAUGCAAAAGCUGCCACCAUGGAUGCGACUCUAUUUCUACGGGAUGCACGGAGUCACGUUGGACAUUAUCCUGUCAUCGGUGCAUACAUUCCUGCAAGGCAAUGAUCUGAAAUUGCUGGGAUUCUCCUCCCCCUAUCUUUGCAUCGUGCAUUCGAUGACUCAUUUCGCGCUAGAGAAAAUAUAUUCGCAGAAGAGGAUCUUCCAAGGACGCCCCGUCGUUUUUCAUUGCAUAUUCUAUCCUUCUGUCUACAUCGGGCUGCAAAUCUUGAUCGGAAAUACCAUAGCCUUGUCCAGUCCUGUACAGAGCACGUCGGUAGCGCAGGUUGCUAUUCACUAUAUAAUCGCCCUGUACUACUCGCAAGUAUUUCUCAAGAGAUUCUUGCGCCUUCAGUACCGCUGUCCACGGAAACGCGCCCAGGCGGAACUGAUUCAGGCGCAGGGGUCUGCACGCGGACUGCCGGGCAUCGUGCGUUUUGCGUUCUUUGGAAUGCACGGUUUUUUGGAUGAAGUCGUUUUCACUUCGAUGUUCAACCUCAUCGAAAAAUCCGACCGGACACUGAAGGGCCACACGUCUCUCUGGUCCUUCUUCAUGUACGGCAGCUGCAGCUAUGUGGUGGAAAAGCUGUACGUGCACCUGCAUUUCAAGCGAGGAUGGAGUACGUGGAAAAGGCUUCCGAUUUACAUCUGUUUCAUCUACACCUGGGAGUUCUCGUGGGGGCUGGCGCUGCGGCACUACGGCGCGUGUUCAUGGGACUACUCUCACUAUCCUUUGAAUUUCAUGGGUCUCAUCACUCUGCUCUAUCUGCCCGGUUGGAUCUGUCUGAGUCUGUAUCAGGAUGUACUCUCCAAUGUAUUGAUGCAUGUCGUGUGUGCCAAAGACACGAUGUCAAAGGGUUGUGGGAUCAAUGGGCGUCACAGCUUUAAAGAAAAACAUGUAUCAUAAUAUUGGCACAUUAAAUUAGGGUAAUGAUAUGAACGUUCAUCACAAAUACCAACGGCGUACAUUUAAUCCGAACAUCAAAGCCGUACACGUAGUUUUAAAAUAAGUAUUUCUUCAGAGAAAUUAUUGUAGCUGUCAAAACAGCUUUAAUGUGACGUAAGGGUCUAUCUUUUUUCUAAGGUGACGAUGUCCAAACGUUUUCUGGUUCUUAGUUCGUCAGGACAACUGCCAUUUUAAUACAGUGUUCGCUUUGAAUAAGAUGAAGUUUUGCAAUUGACGCAUCCUGAAGGGCAGGCUGUACAUAUGUACACAACACCACAGGUUGAUAUUUGGCAGUCAGUAAACGUAUGAUGGUAUUUGACAUGAAAUAGAUUCCUGGGAUUCCCCCUGCUUAGCAAGCCUGUUUUCAGCUGCUGAACCUUGCAUGACAGGGUAUCCAAAUAAGGUAUCCACAACAGGCACUCAGAGGUACAUCCUGCAGUUAUGAUGGUACAGCUAACAGAGUCAAAACAGUGCUUAUGUUGGCGAAGUGAAGUGAAAUGUUAUGACGUGAAUAUGGUAGAAGAUAAACACCUGCAAAGCUGUGAUGAAGGUUAGGAUCUGUCAAUGAAGAUGCUUUAGCACAUCAUUGGUUGUCAGAAUGCAGGAAUUGAAUUGAUAUUGCUGUGUUUCUUUAAACUGUACAUUUUAAUACACUGUUCGUCAUCCAGAGUGCCUUCUAUGAGAGCCUGAUAACCGGGGAAGAAAGGAGGACACGGAAGCACCACAGACUGAAUUCUGUGGAAUAGGCUUAUUAUUUGCUUUACUAGAAAAUUAGAUAAGGGAUUAGGCUGUAAUACUGUCCCCUUGUCACAUUUAUAAAUCAUCUAAUCAUUAAUUGCAGUGGGGUAACCAUUUUUAUUAUAGCGUAGGUUAACAAUGGCAUUAAAGCAUAUGUUUGGAAUUAACAUGCAUGCCCAGUCAUAGAUGGAGUUCUAUCUAGGUGGAGGUUUUAGAUUACCAGGAUGGGUUGCAAAAUUUACUCUGAGGUUAGCUCAACAUUGUCUUUUGAAGAGAAAGUCUGAAUUAGAAAAGUGGAACUUUUUAUUAAAACGCACUUCAGUUAAAUAACCUGUUUUCAAACAUUUCAAGAAUUACUGCCUGAUAAAUCAACUUUGAAUCCUCUUUCGUACCGAAUUGUGAUGCCGGACCAAAAAGAAAGCUGAGUUACUGAAAACCGUGCACUGUGAUGUAUUCAGCAGCUUGUGACUGGCUGCUGUGCCCACUGAAAAAAAAGACUAGAAAAAGCACUAGUGUUUUUAACAUUUCUAAUAUUGGAUCUCUUUUGUUGCAGGUAUUUCACACUGUUUUUGUAAAUAUGGGGCCCAUUUUAACAUUUUCUAUUGCCACUGCUGGUGGCUGUCGAAGGUGACUGAAACAGGGAUAGUACUUGCUUCCGAGGAAUAUCAGUCUAUUUAUACAGAGAGUAUUUUUCUGUGGUCUUGCUAAAUAGAAAGGCAGUGAAGUAAUCUGAAAGAUGCAUGAAGACUUUUGUGGUCUGAUCUAUUUGUUUUUGCAUAGGUUUAAUUUUUUUGUAUAAUUCUUUUUAAUAAAUGAAAUAAUAAAUAAAUGCAUGAAACACAUGAUAGAGAAAAUUAAUAAUGAGAAUAAUUGCACUCAUAAGCCCCAAAUUCCACAAGAAGAUUACGGUAGAUUCGUUUUAAAGAAAGGCAUUAUGUUUUUUGUGGCUUAGAGGAGAAUGAAUGGUCCAGCUGAUACUUGAAUACCCUCCAGAGAAUGAAUUCCCAGUUUUAGCUUUUAUCCAAUCAUAGUGAUGGAUUUCAGCAGUUUCAUUGGCCCUGCAGUGUCUGUGAUUAUUCCUGGUGCAUAGAGAGGAAAGGAGAGAGAAAGACAUGCAGAACAAAUGCAGAGGUGGGAGUAAUAGCUAUGAAAUUGUGGGUUUAAGUCCCAGGUGAGGCCCUAUUGUAAUUUUUAACAAGGUGCUUCAUCAGCUACUCAGACCUAGCGAUAUAACGGUUCCAGAGUAUGUGAAAUCACUGUGCAAUUCUGUGCCAUGGUAACAUGUGUCUGCUGAGCAAAUGAAUACCGUGAGGCCAAGAGGCAAAGGGAUUUUUUGUGGAUCCAACAUGUUUAUGAGUCUCUGCAGCUUAAAGUGCAUGUAUCUAAAUGUAUAUGUAUCAGACCCUGAGGUUUUUAACCAAGGCAGCUAAAGGUGCAACUCCUACAAUGUCCUUUUGAAAAUAUUUGUGGAGGCAGACAAUUUUGAAGCUGAUUUUUCUAAACAGAAGUAAAGUCAACUCCUUAAAAUCAAGAGUCCUAAAUUUAGUGUAACAUGAGAACUCAUAACUUGUAUUGCUUGUGUGUUUUAUGAUUCAUUUCGUUGUCUUUGGAGUCAAAUGUAGACAUAGGUACACCAAAGGAAACAAAUACUGUUUAAACAUGUAAGUUGGGAACUUGAAAGUGGGGUAUGAAUAGAUAUAUAAAUAAUAUGUGUCUUGAUUGUAUGAAAUCCAUUAACAUCCAUAGAAUGACAAGCAAUACCCUUUGUCACUAAGAGAUUAUUAUUUGAUAACUAUA